AUGGAGCAGGCAUCUAAUGUUCUUCAGUUGAAAUACAAUGAGUUUAAAGGCACACUAGAAGAAUUACAAUCUAAGAUUAUCGAGCUAGGUCGUGAUAAGGAUGAACAUGAUAUAGUUCUUAAGACAUUAAACGAAACAGAUCCAGAAAGGAAGUGCUACAGAAUGGUAGGCAGCGCAUUAGUCGAUACCGAUGUGAAAACAACGAUACCUGUUCUACAGAACAAUAGAGACAAAUUAGAACAAACAGUUUCCACGUUGAAGGGACAAUUGAUAAAGACAGCAGAAGAGUUCGAAAAAUGGAAGAAGGAUAAUAAAAUCCAAGUUGUGAGACAAUGA